AUGGCAACAGACGUCCCAAUGAUGGAGGUGAUCGAUCCAGACUCGGCACAGUUGGAGAAGCUGGUGGCACCACAAGCGGCGCCCAGGAAGUACGAGAUCGUACACAGAAACCUGCUCACGUUCGGAUACGCGCACGCGUCUGCUCUGUAUGGACUAUAUCUAGUCUGUACCAGCGCUAAAUGGCAAAGCAUUUUCUUUUUAUAUAUUUUGCUCGUGCUGUCCACGAUCGGCAUCACAGCUGGAGCCCACCGGCUGUGGACGCACAAGGCCUACAAAGCCAAGAUGCCGCUGCAGAUAAUCCUCAUGUUGAUGAACAGCCUGGCCUUUCAGAACACCGCUACAGAUUGGGUGCGCGACCAUCGACUGCAUCAUAAAUACAGCGACACGGAUGCUGAUCCACACAACGCCACUCGGGGCUUCUUCUACUCGCACAUCGGCUGGCUGCUGGUGAGGAAGCAUCCGGAAGUCAAAAAAGGGGCAAGCUCAUCGACAUGA